GGGCUGGGUCCUUGGACAAACCUUAUUGCAGCAAGUGUGAGCUCCCAGUCUGUCUGUUCUCCAGUAAGAUGGUCUUUGUUUUUGUUUUUCUUGCCAGUUACACAGUUAGUCCUUGUCAUUUAGUCAUGUUGCAAGCUACCAAAGGUACAGAAUUCCCAGUCUUGCUCUGAAGGAGCACUUGAGAGGACUGGCAUUCUCUGUAAGGGAAUGUACAUCUCAUGCCUUCUAGGAGGCUGGAAUACCUCUCCGUCACAUCUCUGCUCCUUCUUUCUCGUAUCCUAUUAACGCACUUGUUACUCAGUGGCAGCAUCCAGAUCUAAAACUACCUGUCAUAUUGCUUUCCUUAGAUUGAUUCCUAUGCAUGUGUAUUGUGGUCUGGUCUCUACUUACAUGAUCCCCUUCCUUUUUCUGUGCCAUGACAAACUGCUUGUCCAUUCAGUGUAAAGGACAAGCAUCCAGGGGAAUGUGAGGAGAGCCACAGGAGGAAGCGCAAAUCUGGCUUUUUAACCUUUGAAAUGCUCAAUGUGAUACUCUGUGAAGGAAAACAGGGGAGUAGGGUACAUGAUCAGUUCUCCCUUUCUGAACUAGAUAGAACUGUGUGAUUUUUUUUAUUUUUAAUUAGGAAAAAGAGCAGAAUACCAGGGGAUAUUUUUACUAAUUGCAUUCCCCGUGCUACUAAAAGGAGAAGGAUUGCUUUACAGAGAUGUAGCUACUUAAUGCUUGUUAGGCUUUUAUUUCAUUUUAUUUUUAAAGCUACUUUUUUUUUUUUGCUUGCUUUGAGUUCAGUAAAACUUCAUAGCCUUAACUAUGAAUCUGUGAGUCAAAGACACACGGUUCUGAAGUAUUUUCCCUUUGAUGAGGAGGAAGAGAGGGAGAAUAAGGAGAUAAAACAGGUACAAGUGACUUCUGUGGAGUGGAUUUUUUUCCUGGAUAUUCUUCUGUGAUACACAUGUUGGUCCAGCUGCUAUAUGCAUCAUUUACGUAAAACAACCUCUGAAAUUUGCAGCCAGAAUGAAGUCAUCUCAGGUCAAGGUGAAUUUCUGUGGAAUCAGGAUGCCUGCAUUUAACGCCUUGUGCUGCUGAAGCAGGGACAUAUAUAACAGCUGAAUAGGGCAUGGCUUCCACGUCCUGAGCUCUAUUGAUCUCCCUUACCGAAUCGUUUUCUCAGCCUAACGUACAAAAAGGCAGCUUUAAAUCAUGGCAGACAAAAGAGUUAAUCUGAGACAGAAAGAACUCGAAUGCCAUCUUUGUAUGCUUUCUUGAUAUUUGUGCGUGCUCCUUGAUUGUGCUUUAGAGUGUGACCAUUCAAUCCGUGCAUUUUCCGUGUCUGACAGUCUCCUAUGAGAUACAGGUCUUUACUUGAAGCUGUCACGAGUUUGUUUUACGCCUUGAGAAGCAUAAAUAAAGUGCUUAAUUUUUUAACUUGGAUAUCAAGGUCAUUUUUCCUCAGAAAAUAUGUGCAAUUUGUUUAGUCAUGUGCCAUCUGGAUGUUUAUAAGCACAAAUCAGUUACGUUUAACCAAAUCUGGUAUUUGUAUUUCUGUUGAAAUGCCGUGCUGCUCAGGACAGGGAAUUGGUACUUAUCUGGUGUAUCUGGUUUAACAUGUCUGUUUUACAACAGCUUGUUAAGGGCUCUCUCCUCUGCCUUCCAGCAUGCAGCCUCUGUGCGUACGCGCAUGCGCGUGUCACAGGGAAGGUUGUGAAGGAGAAAAAGAGGAAGAACUGCCUGUCCUGCUGAUUUUACAAACACACGACUGAAUCGAGCUUAAACUGGAGAGCAUUUCAUUGCUUGUGGUAGUGAGAGAAGAAAAUAGUUGCAGGAGUGAAGCGAGUGGAAAAGUCCUAUGUAAUCCAUGCUUAUAAUCUGGUAUUACAAGUCCUAUAUUUUAGCUUGAAUAUGAGGAAAAACAUGAAUAAAUAUUUCCCUUUUAUUUUGUAGAUGGCGAUCAGAUUAUCUGGUCGUUCUGGGUUUCAAUUCUUAAUUUUAAGAAGAGUCUUUGAAAGGAACCUUUGGAAUUCUUCAGGAAUUUAUUUAGGAAUGAUUUUCCCUGAAAAAUAUGUUUUGUUUCUUCAUAUAAAACAAUGAAGUAAUUUUUAUUGAUUGGAGUGGCUCUUUUAAAUGCACUUCAUGGGCAUAGCUUGUAUGAGGAGUAGACAAUGUAAUGGACAGCCAAAAAGUAAUAUGUUUUUGAAAGAGUACGUAAGCUAUCACUUCUGUUAUACUUGGGGCUUUUUUAUUUCUUCCUUCCCAUUUUUAAAGCAGUCUUCUCAGAACGAAACAAACAGCAUUUCAUGUGGUGUGCAAUCAUGAUGAUCAGAGGGCUGGAACACCUCUCCUAUGAAGAUAAGCUGAGGGGGCUGGACUUGUUCUGCCUGGAGAAGAGAAGGCUCUGGGGAGACUAGAUGGUUGCCUUCCAAUACUUGAAAGGAGCUUAUAAACAGGAGGGAGGUGAGCUUUUUAUGCUCCCUUUUUUACAGGAUAAGGGUAAACAAUUUUAAACUAAAAGAAGAGAGAGUUAGAUUAGAUGUCAGGCAAAAAUUUUUCACUGAGAGUUGGUGAGACACUGGCACAGACUGCCCCUGAGAGGCUGUGGAUGCGCCAUCCCUGGAGGUGUUCAAGGCCAGGUUGGAUGGUGCCCUGGGCGGCCUGAUCUGGUGCGUGGCAACCAGCCCCUGGGAACUGGAUGAUCUUUGUGGUCUCUUCCAACCCAAGCCAUUCUAUGAUUCUUUAUUAGGCUAAGACCAAUUAGAGCCUGUUUCAUAUAACUUUGACAGUUAAUUUAAACCUCAUUUAGUUGUUUCUUCUUGCAUGAUAUUGAAAAUGGUAGUUAUAUGAGAGGUCAUCUUUGGCCAGAAAUUUAGGUGACUGUUUAUUGUGGGUCUUUUAUGUUAUAUACUUUAUGUAAUUAGAUAUUUAACAGAAGAAAACCUAUGCCUUUAUUUAAACUCUCUCUCUUCUCUUCUAUGACAGUUAAUUUCAGAGCUCUUGAACAGGAGGAUAAACUUACUAAAUAUUUUCAAGAUCUCAGCUCUCAGAACGGAGUUAGCAGACAUGACUUCCAGAAGUCUAUCUUGGUUCCUGGGCACUACAGGAUCACAGUUAAAAACAGCUUGUUCAGCUCAAUUGCACCAAAGCAAAAAAAAAAAAAGAAAAUAGAUUAGUGUUUGUCUUCCACAGUUACUAAAGUAGUAAAAGCUCUGAAAAAGUUUGGGUUCGUUUUAAGGAUAGUUCUAAGAAGGCUAAAAUGUUUCUGUCAUCAUUUGGCUUAUCCAUGUUGCUCUAAGAGAACAGCAUGGAAAUGAUCUGUGAGCUAGACCCUUGCAAUGAACUGAAAGAGGAUCAGUAAACCUGGGCAACCUGUAACAUUUUUGUCCUAACAAGUCUCUAGUAAAGGAGACUAACCCAACAGUUUAUUUCUAGUGCUUUUUUACCUCUCAUGUUUUUCUGGAUUCCUGACCUUUCUGCUCAGUAAGAUAAGUUGAUUUGUACUCCUCCUAUUCCCAGUGAAUUUCCCAGUGUAUUUCUAGUCCUUUGCUUAUUGAGUUAUGGUUUCCCUGUUCACUCAUUUGCUCUUGCCAAGUCUUUCUCAGACAAACAAGAUUGUGGCAAACCUUUCAGAUAAGUGACAGUUUUCAUCUGUUUAUAUCAUGAUUUUCUUUCUUCAUUCUUCAGUUUGCACACACAUUUCUUACUGUGGCAGAUCGAUGACAGACCUUCUAGUUUAAUGCUGAGUUGGAUUAUUUCUUUCCAAAUAUCCACUAAGUUACAAAGCUUGGUAUUGGUUCUUCCUUUUUUCUUUUGUUCAGUUUCAUGAUGAUGGCUUAUCUGUGCUUUGUGAUCUUUUGAUCCUCUACAUUUUCCUAUCCUUUCCUAUCGCAUUCUUUCUAGAGUAGUUUUGUUCUGAUGCAGCUGUGGGUCUUGUGGUGCUUUAUGCUGUCUUGCUUGUGAUUUUAUCAUUUUGAUUUUUUAUUUGUCUUAACUCAGAAUGGGUUUGGUAGAUGGUUCCCAGCACCUUUCAGCGUGGUGCUGUUUGCUUCUUCUGUUCCCUAUUCCUUUGCCCAAAUCAUGGUUAAGUACAUUAAAUAGUUUACCUGUAGAGCCUUAGUAUAAGUGCUGUCCUACAUCUGUAAUUGGUGGUUGAGAACUGUUAAAAACAGUCCUAAUUUUGAACUUCCUUCUGGACGGCUUCAUCCCGGUCAUAGUCUAGCUGGAGUGACAGAAUGUGUUUUUGAUGGCACUGCAAGUCAAGAUUUGAGGUUGUGUAUUGCUUCUCUUCUAGUCACUCAGACAAUUAUUCUGUUAGAGAAACUAGAGUGUUUCAAGCCAUUUGGCUUUAUCCUUUAUCUGCUCCUAGCUGUUAAAUAAUUUUCUUCUAGUACCGUUUUGAAAUUUGAGUUAGGCUGAGUCAUUUGUUAUUUCCUGCAUUUUUAUUUACCGAUCUUGUGACUUCUCUUUCCCUUUUUUGGCUCAAUUUGAUUUCAAGAGUGCAUUUCAUUAGAUGUUGACUGCCACACAUAACAUUUAGUAGCCUGAUCUGUUUCUUAUUCUACUUUGUACUCCUAUUCCCAUAUUUAAUUUGGUUAUAUGAAAUUAAUCUUCCCUGUGGAGACUGAAGCAAGGAAGCCUUUUUGCUUUUUGCUGUUUUCUUUAUUUCCAUGUUUGAUAAUGGAUAUAGUCCUUAUAUAGUACUUCCUUUCCAUUUUCAUGAGGAAAUGCUUUCCUUCUGAGUGUGAGGGGGUGUGUACUGUGGUAUGUUUGGUUGGUUGUGGGUUGUUUUUUUUUAAUUAUUAGUUGAUAGGUCAUUUUAGGUUUCAGGGCCAUCAGUGGUAUUCAUGCUAGUUGUGUCCUAGCAAAAAUAAUUAACUGUCCUGGUCUGAAAGAUACUGGCAUUUGAAUAAAUACCUGCAAUAAGACUAAAGACUAAAUACAUGAAAAGAGAGGUCUUGCUGGUAAAAAGGAAGCUCACGAAUCCCUUGCAGAGUGGUCAGAUGUUGCAUUUUCUGACCCACAGCCUUUUGUAACCAAUUAUCCUUUACUGUUGUGACUGUCUCUAUGCUUAUUCCUGUUUAAUAAAACUUGAUUCACAUAUUUGUACCUCUCAUCUUGAAAGUCAGGUUAGGAUAGUAUGCUUCACAGAAAAGUUUCUUGUAGUAUCACGUGUCUUCUAUUCUUGGCUGGUACAGCCAAGCAAAAAAAGAAAAUACUUUAAAUUUAGGCUAGUGGGAUAAAAUAUUAAGUGUUCAUUGUACAUGCUUUCAUACAGUGGCUUAUCAUGAUUUAAGUAGGACAGGGAGAUCCUGAAAAUUAUCAGUUCUCUCUGAUGUGCAUUCCACUGAUACGUGGUGCGUUGAUGUAGAGCAGGCUUGAACAUAGAGAGUUCAGCUGCAGAAUGUUGUUGGAAGGCUUUUGUCUGGCAAACCUUCCAUCAGAAGUCAGACUGAAGACUACAAGAUAUAACCUUGAAGCCUGCUACAAGUUUUUUCUUGGUUUCUUUUUUUAUUUUUUUGGAAGUCAGGGGAAAAAUAAACAUGAACAAUGGAAACUUUUCCCAUCCUAACUUGCUGAAACUGGACUGGGAUUCGUCUUUAAACUUUUCCAUAAUGCUUGAAUAUGUGCUGUCUGAAUGGUGUAAUUCAAAUGAGAAUGCCCAGUAGAAAAUAAAUAUGUGAAUGAGUAAAGGUUUUAAAAAUAAUUUUAUAAAUAAAGUUCCUGACUCCAAAAGCAGGAAAAAGUUGGUUUAACGUAUUCACUGAAAGUUGUUUUGUACAAAUAUCAUUGAAUUCUGUGAUUAGUAUCAUGACCUAGGAUUUCUGUAAUUAGAUGAGAAAGGAAAAAGGCGAGGACUGAUGGUUAUGGCCUUAUUUUCUGUUAAUAUGCAUCUUUCCCAAAGAACAUCACGGAGGCUUGGUUUUAGGGGAAAUGCAUAGUUUCUUCCCCUCCCUAGGAUGGGCAUCUUUGUGGGGCCAGCGCUGAGUGGAGGAAGUGUAUAGAAUGCUACAGCCUUCUGGAAAGAUCAGACACACCCAUGGUAUAGAACAAAUCAGAUGGGUCAGAAGCAGGCUCCUUCCUGCUUGGUCACAAAAUUAACUGUGCCAACUGCUGACCCUGUUUUGUGCAACAUCAGCAUGUCUCAUGUUUUGAGUGUGGUUUUUUGCAUGCGUACAAGAAGCAUCACAGUUUCUACGGAAAGAGAAUGGAGGAGCAGCCUGGCAGAUCCAGUCCUUUGUGGGAUCGGAAAAUGAAACCUCGACCCGUCUCUCAGCUGGUUGCACAGCAGGUUCCUCAGCAAUUCGUGCCCCCUACACAGUCAAAGAAAGAGAAAAAAGACAAAGUAGAAAAGGAAAAAAGUGAAAAGGAAACAACUAGCAAAAAGAACAGUCAUAAGAAAACCAGGCCACGAUUGAAAAAUGUGGAUCGAAGUAGUGCUCAGCAUUUGGAAGUUACCGUUGGAGAUCUGACGGUCAUAAUUACAGACUUUAAGGAGAAAACUAAGUCACCACCUGCUUCCAGUGCUGCUUCUGCAGAUCAACACAGUCAGAGUGGCUCUAGCUCUGAUAACACAGAGAGGGGAAUGUCCAGGUCAUCUUCACCCAGAGGAGAAGCGUCCUCGCUGAAUGGGGAAUCUCAUUAAAGUUUAUUUCCUCCGGUUUCUUUAGUCUCUUCUCUUUAAAACAUGCAAAUACAUAACUUCUGCCACCUGUUACCACAUUUUCAUGACAGAUUAUCCAUGCACAAUUGGUAUGUUUACUGAAAGAUAAUUUAUGCAGUUUAGAAAGAAGAAGAAAAAAAGCGCAGUGGUAGAAAUAAUUUAAAUGCAAUCUGAAAAUGCUUACGAAGCGUUUUCAGACCAACUGUUUAAUCUUUGUGUGUAGAGGUGCCAUGAAAAUGUGGUCUGAAUGUUCAUACACAGUGUUACUGGUAAGUCCAUUUUCACUUUUAGUUUAGUGAAUUCUAACAACUCUUGGGAGUCUCUACUAUUGGCAUGUACUGAAUUUAAAUUUUUAUAACAUAGUUCAAGCUGCCUAAAUAUGUAUUAUCUGAGAAUUGUGAAACAUAGUUAUAUGUAUGCAAGUCAAAGAUCAACUUAAUCAACUAUUGCUGCAACAGAAUUUUCAUAAUAAUUAUCUUAAAAACACCUGCUGGUACUUGGUGUGGUUAAAUAGGAAAAUGUUAUUAAAUAAAACAUUUGUAUGAAUUUUUGCCAAUGUUUGACACAUUUUACUAGAUUACUGUUAAUGAAUUAUGUUAAUGGUUUUACCAAUAUUUUUUUCACACUUAAAACACUUAUUGAAAUGUUUACAAGCAAAUACACACACACAAAAAAAAGUGAAUACAUUCUAAAUAUCGAUUGGUUAACUCUACAGUUCAGGAGGAGUCACUGUCACUAUACACUGCUAUCCUACGUUGAACCUUAGAUGACAGCAUUUGGCAAAACUGACAUUUGGAAAUACAAAAGUUUGGUAAAGCUUUAAAAGUAACUGAAGUACAGUUUUUGUUUCUGCAUAGUGCUCUUCCCUUGCCCCAGAUUUACCCAGCGUUAUAUAACCAGUUCCCGUUUCAUUACAGAAAUACCAGAUGUUGCACAAGAAUAAGGAAGUAACAAUACUAUUACUAUUUUUUUUUAAUUUUAGAUCAACUUAUUUUUAUUUGGCCUAUUAGAAAAUAUUAUGUCAUAAAUGAUGUAUAAAAGCCCCACAGUAUCCUACUUUAUGGCAUAAACUCAUUAUUUUAUGCACUUAGCAAUAUACUGAUACAGAGCAGAACUAUUUACAGUCCCAUCUGGUAUUAUGUAAAAUUACCAAUAAAAUAUUUUUGUGAAUACAGAUUUUUGCAUUUUUGUUUACAGCCAAUAAGUGUUUUGGUAUACACACAUCCAAUCCAUGUAUAGAUUUAAAUUAUAGAUUCAGGUUGAGUACAAAAGUCCAUUUAGCUCCUUUCAGUGAGAGAGUCCUCUUACACUCCUGUGAUUCUUCUUCUUCUUUUUUUUUUUUUUUACAUUCAAAAUAUAUAAGUUUAAGCCCAUGUAAAAGUUGAAUGGACCUUUUUGGUAGUGAAUCCUAAAUUAUUCCCAACAUGUGGUACAUCUUCAUAACAGCUAAAAGAAUGGAUUUUUGUAGCCCCUGACAAUUGUGAUGUUUGGUGGUUUCUUGUAGUAAUGUAUUUUUCUGUUUUUAAUGCAGUACUUCUACAGGCACAAUAGUACUGUUCUAUUUUGUAAGAUGCUAGUUGUGAAAUACAGUUAGUUGCAUAAAAUGAAAGUCUGAUGUGAUAUCUGAGAACAUACAUACCUCAUUCCUUGGUGUUGCUGUUUAAACUUUUUAGACAUCAAAUGUUAAUUAUAGGCUAUUUCAGGUAGAUAACUACUGACCUGUUUAUUAUGUAUUCUGCUUUAUCUUACUAAAUAGGAUGUCUGUUCAUUGCAAUUACUUGGCCAAAUCUUAGUAUCUGUAAAAAAAGAAAAAGAAAAAAGAAAAAAAAAAAAGAAAAAAAGAAAAAAAAAGUAUUUCAAGGUUCUUAAAUGUUUUUGGGGCUGGGCUGUUGUUCUGAAUAACAUAUACUAGUUUUUAGAAAAAAAAAAAUACAUGCUUCUCAAAUUUAUUUUUUUAUGUUUUAUUUUUAGGUGGGACUAUUUGCAGAAUAUACUGGUGUAAUGGAUUACAAGAGAGCUGAAACUGUUUAAAGUAAGCAGUUUAAUGGCAGAAUCAUAUAGCAAGAUGUUUCAUGAAAUGUGUUUCUAGUUUAAGGUGUAAUGAAUGCUAACACAUUUCAGUAUUCCUUGCAAACAAAUAAUAAUCUAUUACCAGUAGUUCACUAAAUGGGAUAUUUAUUUUCAUUUAACAUUAUGUGAAUAAACCACCCAGCACUACCAACAAGAGGUCUCUUUGUAUCUUCAGAAAUAAGUAGCCAUUUGGUUUGGAAGGAAGGGAGGAUGGAGGGGUCUUCACUACGUUUCAACUGUCUCUAGAGAAUAAUCUCAUGAAUAUGGUACAAGUAUAGCUACAGUCAAAAAGAAUGCAGAAAAGUCUUAUGGAAAUCUCUGUUCUUUAUGGAAUAAGAUGUAGAAAUGCAGUUUCUGACUACAGAUAUAACAGAUGAAAGGCAGGACAGUUAGGAUCUAAAAUUUGAGCUGUGGUGGUUCUAACUGAAAUACUGCAUAGGCAGUGUUUAUGUUGCAGUGAUGCCUGUUUAGGCAUUGAACAAUCUUAAGAUAAUUUUUGUCUGUUUGUGAUUAAAGGGAUGUGACAAUACUGACAGCAGAGUAGACAAAAUUCUAAGUAGAAUAUGGCAAUUUGUUCAUAAUGUUCUUAUUUAAAUGAACUUCACUUUCAUAAUUCCUGAGUAAUUUUGACUUGUAGUAAUCCUAAGAUGUUUUCCUAAGUGUAAAUAUAUUUAAAAGCAUCUUUACGCCAUUUAUAAAAAGUGAAAAUUUAAUGUUGUAAUGUAUUUUGAUUAGCUAUUUUACUCUGUGACUGUUCUCUCCAUAAGAAUUGUUGUUUGUAAAACUCUGUAUAUGCACCAGUCUUCAACAGCCAUACAUUCUGGGUUGCUUAUGAGGGGAUGAUGCAACAAAGGCAAGCGUGAUAACGUUCCAUGUAAAUGAGUUCCUUUACGUGUUGAUUGUCUGGCUUCAGAAAGGAAAAGGGGAAGGCAAUGGGGGAAAAUGGCCUAUAGGUUAAUACACUGAUAAAGUGUGUAAUAGCUUGGUCCUUUAUCUUCCUAACUUUACAGCUAACUGUAGGUGGUGUAAGGAAAAGAUAUACUGUUAAUACAUCUUCUAAUUUCUUCUGAAGUUACGUUUGCAUCUUGGAAAGAAACAAAACUUGUUCUGCUUAGUGGCAGGUUCAAGUGUGCUGUAUAAAGUCUUGAUUCUAACAGCAGUUAAAACAAAACCAAACAAAGAGAACCCUUCACCUCUCAAAGAUUCUCAGUAUUAGGUCUCUAAAUUAAGGCUGAAGUUUUAAAUUGAAGUUUUAAACUAUUUAAAGCUUCUCUAGAUAUUUCCUGUUUUGUGGCAGAUUGUAAAAUCUCAAAAAAUGUUUGGGCUGUAUAAUCUGUGCACUUUUUGAAAGAUGAUGGAUAGGAUAUUCUUCAGUAGCCAUACAGACAGAAUACUUUUUAUAAUCUGUUCCCACAAGUUCUUUACAGUGGUCAGGCAAGUCUUCCAGACUAGAUAUGUGUAUGGCUCUGCAUCUUAGGUUCUUCGGUUUUUCUCUCUCCUGUCUCAAAAGCACGAUGGUUUUCCACAUGCUGAUUGACCAUUGCUGUGUUAUACAGGAGGAAUUUGGCAUGGAACUGUCUAUUGUGUACUUCUAUGCACAUCCAGCAUUCUUUAACCAUAUCUGCAUCUUUCUCUCUGUCACAUGCCUUUAGUUGACUCUGCUGCCAUUAGGGAGUCUGGGUAUGCUUCCCUUCAAGUAUCAGAAACCAUGUGGAAAAGGAAGUGUGACUUAAGAGUUUCUUCUCCAGCAGCAGCAAGCACUAUACUUGUAAGUUUGUCCUGUGCUAACUCAGGAAUAAGAUAGAUAAGAUAGAAAGUGAAUGCUGUUUUUGGUGGUGGACCACUCAAGCAUAUUUUGCAAAUGCAUUCUUGUAUUUUAGUGUUGAGAUUUGGGUGUGCUGGAAAUUGAAGGUUUUUCUUAACUGAAUUAUGCCCCCAGCUUAUGACAGAGCAGUGUUAGCUUGAAGGAGUAUAACCUCAUAAAUGGGCAAAAGCUGUACCAUAACAUUAGUCAAACUGAGGAUAACUUUGUUGGUUUUCUUUCUUCCUGCCAAAAUUCUAACCAGGAGAUGCAGAUUUAAGAGAUUUUUCUGAGACAGAUACUCAGCUUAGUUUGGUGUCAAAAAAAUUAUAUAUAUAUAUAUAUAUAUAUAUACAUAUUCAUGCUUUAGUAAGAAUUUACAGGAUUUAACUAUUAAAAUAAAAAUGUACUUCACAAGUCACAUAUCAGUACUUCACAGAAAUUAUUCUAACUUCCUGUGUAGAUGGAUAUGAAUGGAGUAAAUGGUACAACAGCAAAGAAUGGCUGUACCCUUGCUAGUAAAUGGUAGUGUCCAACAGAAAGUGACUUGCCUUAGACUUUGUGCAGGAAGAUUGUGUUAUGUCUGUGUACAAAGCCUGGACUCCAUGUAUACCCCUCUUCGCUGUUGGUUUCAAACAGUGAAAGAAAAUGCAUCCAACAAAAUAAAUUAGCUGCACAUCCUAGAGUCUUAAUUAUGCAGGAGCUGUAUACAGUUGCUGUUUGACCAGAUAGGUGAAAAAUACCUCCCUUGUAUAAUACUUAAUCCCUCAGAAGUUGAUUUUCAUCCUAAUCUUGCCCCUUUUAUUAUGGGAAAUAAAUGAAUGUCAUCCAAAAUAUCUUGUUCUGUCCACUGACACAGGGAAUUGUUCAGAGCAAUUAGUUUAAUGUGCACAAGAAGUUUUAGCUUUACUUUUAAGGAAUUAAAUAUGAAAGAUGAACAUCAAAAGCUCCAUAGCUCAAAUUAGUAUUGGUGAGUGCAGUCACGAUUGAUUGCUCUGUCAUUUUGUGUCUGUAAAAGACAAAAUGAUAAUCUAACCUAAACACUUCUUUUUCCCAUACAUUUGAAAAGAAAAUGACCACCAGAAAUGACACUUUUCUGAUAACAAAAAUUUAAAGAAUGUUUCCAAGAUCCUGUUUGUUUGUUUGUUUUUGGAUGAGAGUAUGGUGUAUCUUGAUGGAGAUAGGAAUUUCCAAGCAAGAAAUCCUCCAGGAAUAUGUUUUCAGGAUCUGUCCCAGGUGGAAAAGUUACAUCUUUAAUGACACCAUUCUUUGGUUAUAAAUACUGAUGGUAGUCAAAGUGCUUGCAAAGCAAACAAGCUCCCUUAAACUUAAAAUCUUCAUUGUUGCUUGAGACCAAUUGAGCUCUAAUUUGCAGUGGACAUACUGAGUAGAUGACUAAGGAAAAGAGCACGCUGAUCUAUUUUUGCAUAACCUGCUAACUGCAUGCUCUUAAUGUUCCUUGUGUGAAGAAGCAAAAGUGUACUUGAGCAGAAUGUAUGUAAACAGCACUGAUGGAAUCUGGCUCUCUGCUCCCUUCUCAAAUUCACUAGAGUCUACAAGCUGCAAAUUCUUCUGGUUCAAAGGUAGUUACGAACGCUUGGUUGGUCACUAAAACAUCAGUUAGUUAAGCCAAAUCAGUGGUCAGGCCAAGAUUCUACUUUCUGAACAUCCACUUUGGGACUACAGGGAUCUAAUUUGUAACUGAUAUGCAUUCAGUACACAACUACCAUCCCUGAGCAUGAAAUAAUCUAUGUCAAGCUGAUGCUUCUUUGCAGAGAAUAAAUCAGAAUGCUUCACUGUGAAGCCCAGUUCUUGAUGGCACAGAUCUCUAAGCAAAAAAUAAAUAAAUAAAUAAAUAAUUGCCAUCUGACUGAUCAUCUCUCACUGUAACAGCCUUCAGCUGUGAAUUAAUCUAACCAAGGAAAAUCUCUUAAGAUUACAUGUGUUUGUUGAGUCUCAUCAGUCUCACCUCUGAAGGGAAUGCAGAAUUCUGAUUCCUUCUGUCUUUAUUUUCAUUGAGGUACACCUAAAGGAUAACUGGAUGCAGUGAUUUUGAAAUAAUUUAAUAUGCUGACUUUUCUAAAUGGGAAAUGUGACUGCUAUUCACGGUUCUUCAGCUGUAUCUUGGUUUCUGUAAGACUAGCAGUGCUAUGCGGAGCUUGGAGAUCAUCUAUCAGUAUUGUCAGUCAUCCACGUUUCUACAUAAUUGACUUACUGGAGAUAUUCUUGCUGAACAAACUUAGACGAAUGCUAUACCAUUCAAGCAUUCUGGUGGAGGUAGCUGGCUUUCUGGGAUGCCAAUUACUGGUCUUCACACCUAUAUUUCUGCAAAGGGUCUGAUUCUAUUGUGGGGCUUCCAAAUGCAGAAGAAUAAGCUAAAUGCUUUCCCACUGGUGGAGGUGUAACGCUGGUAGGUAACUAGAUCUGAAGGGUUUUUCACAAGGUUCAGGAAAAUAGUCUUGGUGCUGGCUGGAGAUAGAGAUGCCUGGAGGAGCAUGCGCAGACACUGAGGACUACAUUUCCUACAGAAAUUGAGUAGGCAGCAUCAGUUUCUAAAAUGUAAACAAUUUCUAACAGAAAGACUGAGAGUAAUAGGAAAAAUGAAAAGAAAAAAAAAGUUCAGAACAAUACCUAGAAAAGCUUCUACAUAAUGACUUCUUGAGUACAGCAUUUUCUUCUGUGUACGGUGUUGGAGGUAGGGAGUAUCUCACACUUUGUGUGUUCUCUGUAUAGCUCUUGAUACCUGUUGGUUCAGUGACUUUCAGCCAAAAGACAGAUGCAGAUUUUUGUGAAUUUCAUGAUCAUUUCUCUCUUGGGUACAGAUCAUGUACUGAAAGGGCAGUUGUUCUGGUUAAAGGUAACAAAAUAGCUUCCUAUUCUACAUUUAGAUACUGCAUAGUUUUAGAGGGUUUGAUUCCUGGGCUACUAGAAAAGGGAUAACUUUGUGUUGGAAAGGUAGUAAGGAUCCAGACUAGAAUGGAUGUGGCUCCUGAAAAGAGUUCUGUGGCUGGUACUUCAUAUGGCUGUUUUCAGUGAUUAAUCUACACUUUAGCCAGUUAAUCUUGAUGUGUUAAUAGGGCACCCUCACAGACAGAUCAGAACUACCAACAACACUGUCAGAUGCUCUUAAAAUGUAUUAAGUGCCUUAUACAGAGCAUCAAAGAGGCUAUGAUUCAAUUGGUACAAAGUUUGUUAGGAGAUUUACUCCUCUGGAUGGAGUUACAAGUUGUUGGUUGUAAUGAAGGUGAUGUUCCUGGUUAUAAAGCUAGAAUCUUAUGUUUUAUUGCUCAUACAAAUACCUAAUAAGAAACAGUCCAGAAAUUUCAGAGGCUUUCAAUUCGUAAAACAUAUGUUCUUUGGUAGAGAUUUUUUUUUUCCUUGUAGUCAGCUGUGAUAGCCUGCUUGGAAUAUCACAGAAGUGAAGCAAACCUGAGUACUUCUGCAUGCUUUCACACUUCUCAAUUUCCCAAUCAAGAGUAGUACUGCCUUUCUUGGGAAAGGGGUACAUAAGUUGGAUUUAUUCAUAGGAUUUAUGUUUAUCUGAUAUAGUUUUUAAGGGUUUUAUUGUCAGAAAAAGGGCUUGUUGUUUUGAAAAUAAAAAUCUUACCUGCCAGGUGUCUUCCCCAAAAUGAGUAAGUGCCUUUUCUGUUCUGACUCUUAGAAGUAUUUACGUUGUCAGAUUGAAUCUGAAUGUCCUGGAUAAACCAAGAACUAAGUACCAAGUGUUACCAAUGGUUUGAAAUCCUUUCACUGAAAGAACAAGAGACAGAAUGUAAGCCACUUGAAUUAUUUUGAGACCUGAUGUUAUCAGAAGUUUUAUAACUGCAUAUGAAUAGUAUACUUCUAAGAACAGUGUAACAUUUCAGGAACUUGAUAUUGAUUAGGAAAUAAAUAUUUAUUAAAGUAAGUAUAUUAAAUAAAUAUUUACUUACCGAUUUAAGUAAGAGAAAAUUUUACACCAUGGGGGCAACAGUCUUGCUGUGAGCAGUCCUGACUACUUAAUGGAAAGUAAACUGAGGCCCUGAACUCCGACUGUGAAAGAAUGCAUUUGGUGAGAUAUUGGGACUGUGAAUCUUAGGUCUACAUUCUAACAAAGUAAUUCUUCCCACCUAAGUUUUAGCCAAUUCUCAAGCAGGAAAGAAGGCAUGAGCAGACGUCAGUAAGAGGCCCUCUGGUAUUAUUGGUGCUGCUUCCUAUCUCUAGAGGAUUUUUUCUUUUUUUUAAUCUUUGCUCAGGACUGGUACAGCUGAAAGUAUAUUUUCCCUUCAUUCUUAAGCCUAGAUUUUGAAUGGAGUUUCUCUGAGACACUUUUGUAGUGAAAUCGUAUUCCCUACGAACAUUGAAGACAAAAAUAAACAUCUCUGUGAACAAAAA